UGUCAAGGUGUCAGCGGACAAUCUGACAAUUGUUUACAAAUGUUUGACCCUUGAUAAUUGUCUAAUUUGAUUAUUCAAUAUCUCGAUAAAAUUGAAUGCAAUUUUAUUUACAAAGCAGUAAUUUUAAGACUGAUAGCAUUAAGUGAAGCCUAAUACAUCGUUGCAUGCUUAAACCUGUAUAACGUGUGAUUUCUGAGUAGUAUUUGGUUGUAUUCUCAGCUUGUAUUUCAAAAAUGGAAAGAAACUCCACGUUAUUUGAUAUAUUUAGGAAGGCUGCAUUAUUCUUGUUCACUCCACAGUGUUUCGAUAAUUACUUUAUUGAUUUCAACUACCUAGAUGGGCCAUGUUUUUCAGCCACACUAAGCAAAGGCCUGGGCAUUGGUAUAAUUUUGGGCUCAAUUAUGGUGAAACUCCCACAAAUCAUCAAAAUCCUCUCGAACAAAAGUGGAGAGGGCAUCAGCAUACCAGGCACUACUUUGGAACUCACUGCAAUCACAAUCCACAUGUCAUACAAUUUUGCUAAGGGAUACCCUUUCAGCUCAUAUGGAGACACAACAUUCCUAGCAUUCCAAACAGUGAUCAUAGCUGCUCUAGUUUUGUACUACAGGGAUGCUUUGGCUCAGGCAGUGUCAUACCUGUCAAUAUACUCGGCAAUAUGUUACACUAUGAUGUCUGGACUGACUCCGAUCUCUUUCCUUUGGUCACUGCAAUCUAUCAACAUUCCGAUUGCUGUAGCAGGAAAAUUGAUCCAAGCUUGGACGAAUUAUAAGAAUGGUAGCACUGGCCAGCUAUCUGCGGUGACAGUAUUCAUGCUGUUUGGCGGAUCAGCAGCCAGGAUAUUCACUUCUAUCCAGGAAACUGGAGAUAAUAUUGUAAUUUUAACUUAUCUUGCUAGCACAUUAGCAAAUUCUAUUUUGGUGUUCCAAAUGAUAUAUUAUUGGAAUGUAGUUGAUAGCAAAAAGAAAGCUCAAUAAACUAGAAUAAUUUUAGAAUUAUUCUCACCAAUGUCAAUAUAUUAUAUUAGUAGAAAUCUAUAUUUCUGCACCUCAGAACCAGACUAGGUUAAGGUAUGAUAAUGUCAUGAAUUUUCAUUUGCUACUACCUAUCUGUAGUAAUGAAGAAGUUAUGACUUUAAAAGGACACAUCAAUACAAGAAAAAUAUUUUAAAUGCAAUUAUUCCAAAACAACUCAUUUGUACUUAACUAGUCUGGCUCUGAGGUAAAAGAUUUAGUUUAUUUUCACGCAGUUGCAUCCUAAAAAUACAUGCACACUAUUGAAUUGCAAAUGCAAUGAACCUAAUAGAAAAGUUAUCAUACUAAUGACAUGUCUAAAGAAAUUACGCCGCGGAAGGAAGACGCGUCAAUAUAGAAUAGGAGAUGGCAGUUUGCAUCUUGGGUUGUCCAAGGGCUAAGUAGUUAGAUGUGUAACAGUGUGGGCAAAUCGGCUCGAAGGCUCGUUGGUUCGAAUCCCGGCCGCGGAAGUUACACUUCAACCCAUG